AUGGGACCGAACCAUUGCGCGAGACGAAGCUUCGGGGCCUGUCGAAGAGAUAGCUCUGGUCCGACUGCUCCUGAUCUCCUCGAGUUCUUCCACCUUCGUCUCGGCUCCUCCCCUCUGUCGACCACCGGUUCACUCACUCUCGACAACGUCGACGCGUGGGAAGGGGCGGUUGAGCAAUCUCCCAAGCUUCAGCUCACGCGGACAAUCCUCAAUCACACCGACUUUCGCGAGUCGCUCCGGCAGCGUUCUGCGGUCAUCGCAGACCCUCAUGUCUUCAACACGGAGAUUGAGUUCAAGACCGGACCCAUCACCAGCCAGAAGAGCUCCGGACGGUGCUGGCUGUUCGCGACAACGAAUGUGCUACGGCACAGCGUCAUGAAGAAGCUCGACCUGGAUGACUUCCAGCUCUCGCAGUGGGACAUGGCGGUCAACCUGGUUGAGGUAUCUUUUGUACCCGAAUCAACCCACUCGUCGCUCUCUUCCCCUCUGAACUCGCUCUUGAAGACAAGCUGCGCGAGCAUGCACUCAUUCUCCGCGACCUCUCUCUUCUCUCCGCGCCAAUUCUUCUCUAUCGAAGAGGCUAUCAACUUGACGCUCCGUUUACAUUAUCAUGAGCGCGACCCUCGGGACACCGCCAAGCCUGACGCGCCCUUCACCUGGGACUACUACACGAAGGACGGCAAGCCCAUGUCCUGGACCGGUACUCCGAAGGAGUUCUACGCCGCUUCGCCGCCCGCGGACUCGUUCUCGCUCAUCAACGACCCGCGCAAUGAAUACAGCAAGCUCUACACCGUCGACAAGCUGGGAAACCUGUGGGCGCGCGCCCUGUGCUCUGUACACGUGAACACCGAGAUCGAGAACCUCAAGCAGGCCGUCAUCCGCCAGAUCAAGGCGGGCCACCCCGUCUUCUUCGGCUGCGACGUCGGCAAGUGCGAGGAGCGCAACAUGGGCCUGCUCGACACCGACGUCUUCGCGUACGAGGCCGCGUUCGACAUCUCCUUCGGGCUCUCGAAGGCGGACCGCCUCCGGAUGCAGGAGUCCCAGAUGACGCACGCGAUGGUGAUCACCGCCGUGCACCUCGACGGCGCCGGGCGGCCGGUCCGCUACAAGGUCGAGAACUCGUGGGGGCCCGAGCCCGGGAACGGCGGCUGGUUCGUCAUGACCGACAAGUGGUUCGAGCAGUUCGUCUACCAGGUCGUCGUCCCCAAGGCGCUCGCGCCGAAGGACCUCGUGGCCGUCUUCGAGGGGCGGAACGCACGAUCGUCCGGGAAGUCGUCCCCGCCGAUGAAUGCCGUGUCGACGAACUCGCCGAGCGAGGCGAUGAACGGUGGGAGCGGCCGCCCCGGCUCCGACUCGCGCCCCGUGGGCGUGGUAAAGUGGAUCGUCGUCGUCGCGCCGUCGGCGGCCUGA